CUCAUUUCAUAGCCCCUGACAAUCAAUCCAGCCAUAAUGGUGCGCGCUACCUGGACCCAGCUUCUGUCCGAUACCGCUACCUCAAUCCAGAGGUCAUCGCAGACCCUCACCAUCCUAGGCGACCACGCCUACAUCUACGGCGGCGAGCUGCGGCCCCGCGAACCCGUCGACUCAACCGUAUACCGUCUCGCUGUGAGCCCCACCUCCCCAACAAUCCCAACCCCAACCUCCACCGCACACCCACACCCACAACCCCGAGUGGGCACCGCCUCAACCGCCCUCGCCAACAAACUCUACAUCUUCUCCGGCCGCGGCGGCGCCGCCAUGGCCCCGCUCGAAGAGCACGGCGCCCUCUGGGUCUUCGACUCCACCGACAGCGUCUGGACGCAGCUGACCCCCUCCGACCCGGCCGCCCCCUUCCCCGUCGGCCGAAGCUACCACGCCCUAACCACCAACGGCACAGACACCAUCUACCUGCACGCCGGCUGUCCGGCCGCCGGCCGCCUCCGCGACCUCUGGGCCUUCGAUCUGCCCACCCGCCGCUGGCGCGAGUGCGCCCCGGCCCCCGGCCCGGCGCGCGGGGGCGCCUCGAUCGCCUACGCGGACGGGAAGGUGUACCGCAUGAAUGGGUUCGAUGGGACGCGCGAGCAAGGCGGGGCGGUGGAUGUCUAUGACCCCGUCGCGGAUGUGUGGAGCACGGUUGGGUUUGUGGCGGAUGGGGUGGUCGGGCCCGCGGCCAGGAGUGUGGGGUGUUUGCUUGCUGCCAGGGCGGAGCUGGGGCGGUGGGUUCUCGUGACCUUGUUCGGGGAGUGUGAUCCUAGUUCUCUGGGGCAUCAGGGGGCUGGGGUGAUGUUGGGGGAUGUUUGGGUUUUCGAUCUGGAGGCGGGGAAGUGGGUGCUUGUUCAGGGGGAGGGGGAGGGGGAGGGGGACGGGCACAGGCCGGUGGCGAGGGGGUGGUUUGCUGCGGAUGUGCUUGAGGGGGGUGGGUCAGGUGUAAGUGUGGUUGUUCAUGGGGGGUUGGCUGAGUCGAAUGAGCGGUCGGGCGAUGUGUGGCGGUUGGACUUGGACUUGGAGGGGUUGGCUUGA